CUAGCCAAUGGCGGGCAGCACCGAGCACAUGCAGGCAGGGAACGGCGCGACAGCAGAGAGAUGAGAUGGGAACACGUUCCGUUGCUGUACAGAAUGGCACUCGAAAAGGCAACUAGUCACCCUCUUCAUUUUGUCCGGCAUAUCAUCUGGCGAGUUGGGCGUCUGACUGCAUUGCAGCAUCGACAGUUGUUGCCCAACUCGAAAAGGGUUGCUGUCAAAAAAUCGACAACUUGAAAUUGGAGAAGCCGGCCAAUCACAACUAGAGCCUCAUCUUCAACCGUC